CUCAAGACAGGUCUGGCCCUGACGGGAGCUAUUAUAAAUCUCUUUACCCUUCAGUUCGCUUCAGCAUAGAAAGUCAAGUCUCCACAAUAAUCUGAAUCUAAUCCUUCUAUCUCUGACACAGUGAACGGCAUCAUGGUUUCCGCCAAGGCUAUUAUGUUCACGAUGAUCACUGCGGUGAUGGCGCAGAACAAGACCCAAAUUGGCACCACGAGCGAAUUCCGCGUCUGCACUGUAGACGCAAGACCCAUCUACUCCGAAUCCUGCAUCCCCCUGAACCAAACUGGGUCAACUCAGUUCAAUGUUGCGGUCGGCUGUCGCCAGUAUGGAAGCACGACAUGCACCGGAAAUUACGAUACGGUGGGAUACCGGAGUGACUGCUAUGAGAACAGCCGGUUCUUCCAGAAUUUUGGUACGAUAAGCGGGAGCAUUUAUUGCUAUCCUUCUUAGGGGACGAUGGGUUGUUGAGACCUGUCUGAAGAGUCCGUGGGCACUAUACGGGACUAUAAUAUGCUUGGAGGGUAUGCUUAGCUAGGUAGUGAAUGAAACUGACUUGCUAUUUCUGAG